AUGGGUUUUGUUCCUCUUCUAGGGCGACUCUCAGUGCACGAAUACAUUGCGCUGAUAGUUGGAUUCUCCUUUCUCGCCCUGGAAACCUUGUUGCGUUUCAUCAUCAUAGUCUUGCCUAAACCCAUCAUCCGCUGGUUCUACGACCGUUCUCGAUUCCUGUUCCAUCAGUACGGACAAGAGACUAAACCAAAGCCGAAGUCCAGGGAAAAUACUAUCUCCGAUAAGAUCCUGAAGGCUAAAGAUUUUGGAGAGUUGUGCGAGUUGUUUAGUUACACGCACGAGGAGCAUGUUGUUCUCACGAAGGAUGGAUACCUCCUAGGUUUACACCGUUUGCCUUCCAAGAAAGGACAAAGGAAGAGUAGUCCGGGAACGAGCACCGGAAAGCCUGUAGUCUAUCUUCACCAUGGACUGCUCAUGAACAGUGAAGUUUGGGUGUGCCUGACUGAAGCAGAACGCUCGUUACCUUUUGUCCUUGUGGAACAAGGCAAGCGCUUCGAUGUUUGGCUAGGAAACAACCGAGGAAACAAAUACUCGAAAAAAUCUCUCUAUCACAACCCUAACUCUACCAAAUUUUGGGACUUCAGCAUCGAUGACUUUGCAUGGCAUGAUAUUCCAGAUUCUAUUUCCUAUAUCCUGGAUACCACAAAGGCCGAAAGCCUUAGCUACGUUGGUUUCAGUCAAGGCACAGCACAGGCCUUCGCCGCACUCAGCAUCCACCCGCAGCUCAAUGAGAAAGUGAAUGUGUUCAUCGCCCUAGCACCCGCUAUGAGUCCCGCGGGCUUGGCGGCACCCAUCGUAGAUGGGCUCAUGAAAGCCUCACCCACGUUAAUGUUCCUAUUUUUUGGCCGGAAAUCUAUUCUCUCAUCCGCUGCAAUGUGGCAGUCUAUCAUAUACCCUCCUAUCUUUGCUAAAGUCAUCGAUACCUCACUGGGCUUCCUGUUCGAUUGGCACAAUCACAACAUCACCUCAACCCAGAAGAUCGCCGCUUACGCCCACCUCUACUCCUUUGCCUCGGUUAAAUCCGUAGUGCAUUGGUUCCAAAUCAUGCGCAAUUCCGCAUUUCAGAUGUACGACGACGAUAUUAUCCCCGUCGUUCGCACAUCCGUCAGUUCUUAUCGGCCCGCGCGGUUCCCUACUCGCAACAUCGUUACCCCUAUCGUGCUCCUAUACGGUGACCAGGAUAGUCUGGUGGACAUUAAAACGAUGCUCCGUGAACUUCCAGAGCACACAGUGGCAAAACGGCUUGAGGGCUACGAGCACCUGGACAUUUUAUGGGGCAAAGAUGUUGAUACGGAUGUUAUACCCGAGGUGAUCAAUGCACUCAAGAUACACUGCAUAGAUCCUGGUAAGCUGAAGGACGGGGUGAAAGUGUAUUUACAGACGGAUUCUGCACCGAGUUACUCUGAAUGAUUACGACCUAUGAACACUGCUAGG